GCGUGUUGCAUACAGCCUGCGUAUCGCGAGCCUGUCAAUGUUAUGGCCAGCUGGCCGCCUAGGUACAUGAGCUCUAAAUCAACCUCACGGUGGACCCGAAAUGUGACCAAACACUCGGAUGGUACCAAAGAGGAGAGAGCUCACCAUUUGAGUUUUGUUUGUGACGGCCAUGAGAUUCACGCCUUACCUCGUCCUUGCGCCAACUGCAGUCGUCUUAGCUCAACUCGUUCAUCCUCUGCAUCGGACAGCUUCCGAUAUACAGCGACAACCGCAGCCGCAGCCGGCCGACCACGCGCAAAUCCCACUUGUAAAGCCUGCCGGAGGACUCGGCUCAGCCAUGCCGCCUUCCGGAGCGCCCCAAGCAGACGGCCCCGCGAACGCAGGGGGCGGCAGCUCGGUCAUGCUUUCGGAUGUUAUGGGUCGGGAUAAGAGCAUCAACCUUUUUGCAGGAUUCCUAAGGAACAUCGAGCCUUCGUCACAACGCCUAGACGAUCCUGCUAAGAACACGACCGUGCUCGCACCCCUCAACUCGGCCAUAGACAGCCUUCCACGGAAGCCAUGGGAAGAUCCAAAAGAUUACAGCGCUUUGGGCGCCAAUGCGUAUGAAGGCGAAGAUGGACAGGGGAGAGCGCAGCGCAACCUGCGCAGGUUUGUUGAGGCUCAUUUGAUUCCAACCAGCCCAUGGCCGGCGGGCGAGAAGGUCAAGCCGGUGGGCGGUGAUACGGAGGUCUGGUGGGAGGAGAAGGAUGGGGUGAAACGGAUCCAACCGGGAGACAUCGAAGUUGUUAGUGUAGGCAGUACUGUCGUCAAUGGCGAAGUGUGGAUCUUGAAAGGCGUUCGGAAUUAUGCCUGACUGUCAUGGAUGGGCGGGAUACACGACGUUGAGAUUGAUUCAAGUAUUUCUGAGCAGGAGUAAAGCCUUUGGAUUUUAGCGAUUAUACUGUGAUGGGCUACAAUAGGAGCUGGAGGACAUCCG